GUCAGGCUUCAAUUUCCAUGUAGUUAGUUGUUGAUUAUGCCCUUCCACAUUCCUCGCCAUCAACAUACCCUCUCCGACUCUUCUCCCACCUACGACAACUACUACAGCGCCACCAAUGCCAUAUAUCAGACUGGCCAGACUCUGAGCUCUAUUGGCGCUCCGAACCCUCAUUGGAACGACAACAACACGCCCACCACGGCCGCCGAAAAUCAUUCCUACCAGCCACAGCCAAACACCAAUGGCAAUGGCACCGUGAUUCCCUACCGUCCUGCGCCGAAUGCAUAUCCUGGUACGCACGCCGCCGCCGUCGCACCGCCCUCGUCAGACACACAGUUAGGAGGACAUUAUCCUCAAGGCUUGCGACGGUCCUUGACUGUCGGGCGACAAGGAGAAAGAGAAUACAUGAACAAUCAACCAGGUUCCGCCAUGGGUGACAUCCACCACUAUGGUGCGCCGCCAGCUUAUGGAGGCGAAGCGCUGUCUAUCAAUAUUGAGCCUUCUACGCCCGGCCAUCCAAACAAUGUCGCGGGGAACACGAUCCCAGGGACACUCCAGCCAGGUCUACAGAACAGACCGACGGCACUGAACACGAGCAACACGGCACCGACACUCCCUACUCUGCCUCAAAUAUCGACCCAGAUGCAGCAGUCGCCCUUGUCUGCAAGGCCCAUGACCCUCAAUCACACCCACAGCUACUCGAGAUCGAGUCCAGGUGUAAUGGACCAACCGAGAUACAAACCGUUCUCAAACAACACUCCUGAGCAAUCCAAGUACCCCUCCGCUCCGUCUGGGCACCUCUCGAGCACCCCUCAAGGACCACCGUCUUAUUCUCCUCUUGGCCUCGCGGACAUCAGGCCGCGCUCCGAUACGAAUGCCACAGACAUACCCUUCAGCCCGAGCACUGCUCAGGAAGAGGAUCGCCGAGAACACCCACAGAACAGUAAUUAUAUUGCGCCUUGGCCGAUAUACGCAGUAGACUGGUGCAAGUGGCCUCCACGGUCAAGUGGAGGUUCGUCGGGCAAGGUGGCCCUCGGAAGCUAUCUGGAAGAUAACCACAAUUAUAUACAAAUCUUAGAGACUCAACGAACACAGGUCGACCCAGAAAAUCCACACGGCGAAAGAGGGCUGGAGUUUAUCAAGACUGCGGAAGCCACCCAUGCAUAUCCCGUAACCCGAAUACUGUGGGAGCCACCUUCUUCGAACAAGCAAACUACCGAUUUGCUCGCCACAUCCGGCGACCAUUUGAGGUUAUGGUCGUUACCGAAUGACCAACAUGGAUACCAGUCCAAUUCGAUCAACCGUCCACCAAAUUCGAAAUCACCUCCACCACAAAAGCUAUCGCCCUUGGCCCUCUUGUCGAACUCCAAAUCUCCUGAACACACUGCUCCAAUCACGUCUCUGGAUUGGAAUGUGGUCCAGCCAUCACUGAUCAUCACCUCCUCAAUUGACACGACUUGCACAAUUUGGGACAUUCCCACACUGACAGCCAAAACACAACUCAUUGCUCACGAUAAAGAGGUUUAUGAUGUCCGCUUCUGCGCCAAUAGUGUUGACGUGUUUGUCUCGUGCGGCGCCGAUGGGAGCGUACGUAUGUUUGAUUUACGGAGCCUCGAACACAGUACAAUCAUUUACGAGCCGAGUGAAAAGCAACAAGACAAGAAUUCACAACUUUCCGACCCCCUUUCGACGUCCCCGACACGCGGGUCUGGAUCUCAGACGCUAUCCUUCCCGCCUCCGCUCCUACGUAUUGCCGCAUCGCCUCAUGAUACCCAUCUCCUCGCCACUUUCUCGCAAGACUCGAGCGUCAUCCGCGUACUAGACGUACGGCAACCCGGGCAGGCCUUGCUUGAGCUGAAGGGGCACAGCGCUUCUGUAAACUGUGUGGAAUGGAGCAAUACGCAGCGAGGGUUACUCGCCUCUGGCGGCGACGAUUGCUGUGUGCUGUUGUGGGAUCUGUUGGGUUCGGCCGGCAAUCUCCCGGCGGGUGUCCCGGCGGGAGCUUCUGGAGGUGGCGGAACGGCCCAGGAACGUGGACCUUCUGCCGUCUGGGAGUCACGGUACGAAGUGGCCAAUUUGAGCUGGGCGCCGACCAUGGGAACACUCGGAGUCUGUGGUGGCAAGGGGUUCUGGGGUGUCCAGCUUUGAGUGCUCUUGAUCGGACCUCCUUCCCAACAUUCACGACGAGCAAUUUACGGACAUGCUCUUUAUGAGUUUGGAUUCAUCAGCCUUUGUUGGUUGCCAGUUGAAAAGAUGCCCCCCCCGGACGCCUUUAUUCACAUAGGACCACACUUGACCAACUUGACGGCAGGCGGGUCUGGCAGGGUUGUUGACAGCCCUGGCAACAACGCGAUCAAUAUGAUGCGCUGCAAGGUGGUUUCGAAAACGCACGCGUGAGAGGAACGUGGCGAGGUGUACGGGACGAGCCAAAAUGUGUGUAUGUGUGUGUGUUAGGAGAGCACAACUAGGUACCUACCGACCUAGAACCAGGGCGGGAACACCUUCAUAGCGCUGGCGUUGCAUUCACUUGAUAAAACCUUUGGCCAACGACGUUUACCUGCAUCCCCCCGUGUUGAACCCCUAGUGGGAGUCAAACCAGCAGGGAGACCUGGUGUGUCUACUAUUGUAUGCGCGUUUCAGAAGUUGUCGCAAAGAUGUCAAAACUUUCUAGAAGCAAUGUGUUGCCCAGACAGACAAAUGACAUGUGAUGUUGGCAUUUUGAGGCCAU